AUGGUCCUGGAGUGUGUAUUUGAGGACCUGGAAGCAAAGCAGACUGUCUUCCAUGAGGUGGAGAAUCUUGUCACAGAAAGUGUGAUUCUCAGCAGCUCCACUUCCUGCCUGAUGCCAAGCAACGUGUUCUCUUGUGUCCAGAACCGAACUCGGUGCAUCAUUUCUCAUCCGGUAAACCCGCCCUACUAUGUGCGUCUGGUGGAGCUGGUGCCACACCCCGAAACACUGCCUGCUGUAAUGGAUGUUGCUUACUCACUGAUGACGGAAGUCGGACAGGCACCUGUGCGACUCAGCAAGGAGAUUGAUGGUUUUGCAUUGAACCGUGUUCAAUAUGCCAUCAUAGCCGAGUCCUGGAGGUUGGUUCAGAGUCGUGAAAAAUAUCAGACCUUUUAUGGUCUACUGUGUUGUAGAAAUGCAAAACCACAUUUUUAUUGUUUUGUCUGUCCAGGUAUGGAAGACUAUCUCCAGCGCUACAGUGAGGGCAUGAAGAGGGUUCUUAGUACUUUUGGGCCUGUUCCUGACUUUUCUGGAGAGCCAGCAGCUAGAAUUGUUAAAGAGAUCUGUGAGCUGAUCCCUGCUGAACAAGAGCACCUCACAGUCCGGAGAGAGAGAAGAGAUCAACUGCUGAUGGAACUAGCUAAGCUGAAGAAAUGAGGCUAGUCCAUAUCUGAAUGCAAUUGGUUAUGGAUCAUCUGAGCCAUUGUUGUCCUAAGUUAAAUAUUUCCCUUCCAGGCAACAGAAUAUGACUGAUUAUAGAAGAAAAUUACUGAAACAAAAGUUAACCUCAGAAAUGGCUUUAGGGUUCAUUUAAUUAUAAAUUUAAUUUUUAUAAUGCAUUACCAGUAUUUUUAAGUGUAAGAUUUGUGACAAAUACUUUGGCUAUAGCACUUUCUUGCUCAUGAUAAAUGUAAUGUGAAAUUCACAAUUAAAGAGAAAAUGAAAACAAUCUCCAAGUGGAAAGCCAUUUUCUUGAUCCACCCCAAUGAGUGUUUGACUCAGCAUAAGAAAAUUCUGAUGUUUCCUUUUGGAAAAUACACGCAAUUAAAAAUGAAUGGUAUUUUCACUUUUAACUUCCUCGUGGGACAUUUCUGAAUUAAUCUCAUACCUAAGCUGAGCCCAACAAGUAUUUGGACACU